AUUAGUGGGAAAAAAGAAGGGGAAGCAACAGCCCAACAUCCGCAUCCGUGCAUUAGCGAGCCGUUCUCAUAGCGGGAGACCAUGUCGGUUUGCGCUUCUUCUUCGUCAUCAUCCGGGUACCUCGGCAGUGCCAAGGCCUGGAUUGUUCAUGGGAUCGUCGCCGGAAUCGCCAUCGGCGCCGCCGUCGGAGCUCGAGCUUACUUAGGUCGAUCCAAGAAAUUCCGUAGCCGCGUUGUUGGAAUCAUUCCCGCCCGCUUCGCCUCUUCUCGGUUCGAGGGGAAGCCUCUUGUUGAGAUUCUUGGAAAGCCCAUGAUCCAGAGAACAUGGGAAAGGGCAAAAAUGGCUACGACAUUGGAUUGUGUUGUUGUAGCGACCGAUGAUGCGAAGAUUGCACAAUGCUGUAAAGGAUUUGGUGCUGAUGUUGUAAUGACAUCAGAGUCUUGCCGGAAUGGGACUGAGCGUUGUAAUGAAGCACUUCAGAAGCUUGAAAAAAAAUACGACAUUGUGGUAAAUAUUCAAGGGGAUGAGCCCCUUAUUGAACCAGAGAUCAUCGAUGGCAUUGUUGAAGCUCUGCAGGCUGCCCCAGAUGCAGUGUUCAGCACUGCAGUGACAUCCUUAAAGCCCGAAGAUGCAUUUGACCCCAAUCGGGUGAAGUGUGUAGUGGAUAAUCGUGGUUACGCUAUUUAUUUUUCAAGAGGAUUGAUCCCUUUCAAUAAGUCAGGAAAGGUUAACCUUCAAUAUCCGUAUUUGCUUCAUCUUGGAAUCCAGAGCUUUGAUUCAAAAUUUUUAAGUGUGUAUCCUGAACUCCAACCAACACCGUUGCAACUAGAAGAGGAUCUAGAACAGCUAAAAGUAUUAGAACAUGGCUACAAAAUGAAGGUUAUUAAGGUUGACCAUGAAGCUCAUGGUGUUGAUGUUCCAGAAGAUGUGGAAAAGAUUGAAUCUUUUAUGAAGGAAAGAAACCUAUCUUAACUAAGACCAACAGACGAAAGCUAGUUACGGUGUUAGAUAACGAUUUCGUUUUAGUAUUUAUAGGGGCUUGAAAAAGAUUUGCUUGUUAUUUCCUAGAAUUGACUUAAUUUUUUUCCCUAAUAUUUUUUUUUAUUCCUAUAUCUCUUUCUUUGUUUCUGAUAGUUGUGACAUUCAUUUAUUUGUAAAGUUAGUUUGAUAUGUGAUUAUAUAUGUAAGUUUGUUGAUUAAAGGGUUGGCUAA